GCUCUCCACCUGCUCUGCUGCCUGGGUUCCGGAACGCUCCGCCCUGGGGCCCAGAACGAGCCAAUCAGGAUGAAGAAGAGCCGCAGCGUGCUGUCGGUGACUGGAGAAGAGGGCAAUGACACAAAUAUAACAGGUGCUGGGGAGAAGGCGGAGUCAUCUCGCUACAGCCGAUCCUAUACGUCCGGAGCCACACUGGGGGCCGAGCUACGCAGAGGAAGGACCAGAAGACUCUCUUCUAGUCUCCAGGUUCCCUGCUGGCUCCGCCCUCGUGACCGCACUCGCUCACCGGAGGUCUUGAGCAACGUGCCGCGUCCCACAACUCUUCCCCUCCGCAUCCCACCGCGCAUCUCCAUCACACAAGCAGACACUGACAGUUACGAAGCAGAAAAUGGCGUGUCUCCGGGUCACACCCCUCUGGGCUCACAGAGUCCAGGCCUCACCCUGCAUACCUUCCCCCAGGGCCAGAGAAGAGAGUCCUUCCUCUACCGCUCUGACUCCGACUACGACAUGUCGCCCAAGACCGUUUCACGUAACUCCUCCCUGGCCAGCGAAGGGCACACAGGAGAGGACUUUAUUGUCACACCUUUUGCUCAAGUACUGGCCAGUCUGCGAUCGGUACGGAGUAACUUCACCGUUCUUGCCAACGUCUCCACGCCGACAGUCAAGCGGUCUCCUCUGGGUGGACUGUGUCCGAGUCCCAGGGCGACACUAUCAGACCAACAGUACCAGCAGCUCGCCCUGGACACACUGGAGGAGCUGGACUGGUGCUUAGACCAGCUGGAGACCAUUCAGACACACCGCUCCGUCAGCGAAAUGGCCUCCAACAAGUUUAAGAGGAUGCUGAACAGGGAGCUGUCCCACCUGUCAGAGAUGAGUCGCUCCGGUAACCAGGUGUCUGAAUACAUCUCCAGCACCUUCAUGGACAAGCAGAACGAAGUGGAAAUCCCGUCUCCUACUCUGAAAGACAAACCGAUGAGUCACAUCAGCGGAGUGAGGAAACUGUCUCACAGCUCCAGCCUCUCCAGCACCUCAAUGCCUCGCUUCGGUGUCAACACAGACCACGAGGAUGAGCUUGCCAAGGAGUUGGAUGAUCUGGACAAGUGGGGUUUUAACAUAUUCAGAUUAGCAGAAUUCUCCAACAACAGACCUCUCAGCUGCAUCAUGUAUGCCAUCUUCCAGGAGCGAGAGCUGCUGAAAACAUUUCGUAUCCCAGUCGACACCUUUGUCACUUAUGUGAUGACCCUGGAGGACCAUUACCAUGGAAACGUAGCGUACCACAACAGCCUACAUGCUGCAGAUGUCACCCAGUCCACGCACGUUCUCCUCUCCACACCUGCCCUUGAUGCCGUCUUCACCGACCUGGAGAUCCUCGCUGCUCUCUUCGCUGCAGCUAUCCACGACGUCGACCAUCCUGGAGUUUCCAAUCAGUUCCUCAUCAACACUAACUCCGAGCUGGCCCUGAUGUAUAACGAUGAGUCGGUCCUGGAGAACCACCACCUCGCCGUUGGCUUCAAGCUCCUUCACCAGGAGAACUGCGACAUUUUUCAGAACCUCACCAAGCGACAGCGCCAGAGCCUUCGCAAGCUCGUCAUCGACAUGGUGUUGGCCACAGACAUGUCCAAACACAUGACGCUGCUGGCCGACCUGAAAACGAUGGUGGAGACCAAGAAGGUGACCAGCUCUGGUGUGCUGCUCCUGGAUCACUAUACAGAACGCAUACAGGUACUAAGGAACAUGGUGCACUGCGCAGACCUCAGCAACCCCACCAAGCAUUUAUCGCUAUACAGACAGUGGACAGAGAGGAUCAUGGAGGAGUUCUUUCGACAGGGUGACAAGGAGCGAGAAAGAGGCAUGGAGAUCAGCGCCAUGUGUGACAAACACACCGCCUCUGUGGAGAAGAGUCAGGUGGGUUUCAUCGACUACAUCGUCCACCCGCUGUGGGAGACGUGGGCCGACCUGGUGCACCCAGACGCCCAAGAGCUGUUGGACACGCUGGAGGAGAACAGGGAGUGGUACCUGAACACGAUGCCUCAGUCUCCCUCGCCUCCACCGGACAGACACCUCCAGCACGACCGCUUCCAGUUCGAACUCACCCUAGAGGAGGCGGCAGCUGAAGAUGAAGAUAAGGAGGAGGAAGGAGAGGAGAGUUAG